GCCAAAUGAAACACGGCCUCUUCUAACGGUAAUUUGAACUUUAGCAAUGAGCCUUCCUGCCUUCCCCACCGCCGCCACUCCCACUGAGCUCCAUCAACCGCCACAGCCUCCGAAGCUAACGCAGGCCGCCACUAGACACAGCCUCUCCUUCGUCAAGCCCGCUCACUCCCUUGACCCCACCGUCUUAUGGACUUCUUCCAUCGCUCGCUGCACUCGAAAUGGCCGAUUGGCCGAAGCAGUCGGAGUCUUUUCCGAGAUGAUGCGGUCUGGGGUGCAGCCCAACCACAUCACGAUCGUCACGCUUCUCUCGGGUUGCGCUGGUUUCCCGUCCGGAAGCGAGUUCCUCGGAGCUUCGCUUCACGGAUAUGCUCGGAAGCUGGGAUUGGUGGCGGAAAACGUGAUGGUGGCCACGGCUGUCCUUAACAUGUACGCGAAGCUGGAUCGCGUGGAGUUGGCCAGAAUGGUUUUUGACGGGAUGGGGGUGAGGAAUUCUGUUACUUGGAAUACGAUGAUCGAUGGUUAUGUGAAGAAGGGUGAGAUGCGGGAGGCGAUAGACCUGUUCGACAGGAUGCCCCACAGAGAUGCUGUAACGUGGACAGUGUUGAUUAAUGGGUUUGUCAAGACUGGUCAUUUUGAGAAAGCGUUGGAGUUGUUUCGCGAGAUGCAACUGUCUGGGGUGCAGCCUGAUUUCGUCGCAAUUAUAGGCGCAAUAUCCGCGUGCUCCAACUUGGCAACGCUUGGAUUGGGCUUGUGGAUACAUAAGUUUGUCAUGAAGCAAGACUUCAAGGACAAUGUAAGGGUAUGCAAUUCCUUAAUGGACAUGUAUUCCAGGUGCGGGUGUAUUGAGUAUGCUCACCUUAUAUUUGAGAAAAUGCCACAGAGAACUCUUGUGUCAUGGAACACUAUAAUUGCAGGGUUCGCAGCCAAUGGGCAUGCCGAGAUGGCUCUGGAGUUAUUCAACAGGAUGCAGGAGGAAGGAUUCAAGCCUGAUGGAGUUAGUUUUACCGGAGCAAUCACUGCUUGUAGUCAUGCUGGUUUAGUUGAUGGAGGGCUCGAGUACUUCCAUAUCAUGAAGAAUGUUUACAGAAUUGAGCCGAGAAUUGAACACUAUGGUUGCUUGGUGGAUCUCUAUAGUCGUGCAGGCAGGUUGGAGGAUGCGCUAAAUGUUGUAGAAAACAUGCCCAUGAAACCAAACGACAUUGUGUUGGGAUCUUUGUUGGCUGCUUGCAGGACUCAUGAGGAUGUCAAGUUAGCUGAAAGGUUGGCAAAGUAUGUAGUUGAUCCAGACCCUGAUUCUGACUCAAAUUAUGUGCUCCUUGCGAAUAUAUAUGCUGCAGAUAGAAGCUGGGAUGGUGCGAACAAGAUCAGGAGGAAAAUGAAGAAUCUUGGUAUCCAAAAGACACCAGGAUUUAGCUCGAUCGAGAUUGGUUGUAACAAUCAUGAAUUCGUGGCUGGCGAUAAAUCAAAUCCUGAGGCAGAGGGCAUAUACCGAAUGCUGGAUCUUUUGUCAUCUGAAAUGAAAGUAUGUUAUGCACCUCCGAUCAUUUCAAAAGAAUUAUAUGAGAAUGAUUGAUAAAUGUUUCUUUAA